UGUUAGCGACGCCUGAUCACCGUCACAGAAGAUGGCCACCAAGCCGGUGUCAUCCGGUCGCGUGAACCUCGCGAAUUUGGCUCUGGAGAAUCGCAUAGUCGGCGGCAAGUAUCGUUUGCUCAAGUCAAUUGGCAGCGGUUCGUUUGGUGAGAUCUAUCAGGGCAUUAACACGCAGGACGGCAAGGAUGUGGCUGUCAAAAUCGAGGCGAUCGAUGUCAAGUAUCCAUUGCUGCGCUACGAGGCAAAAGUCUAUGAGCAGAUCGGCCCGCAUGCCGGGCUGCCGGCACUCUUGCACUACGGCAGCGAGAAGCGCUUCAAUGCGUUGGUCAUGGAGCUGUUGGGCCCCUCGCUGGAGGAUCUGUUCAAUCUGUGCAAGCGCCACUUCACGCUGAAGACGGUCCUCAUGCUGGCCGAUCAGCUGCUGAUGCGCCUCGAGUGCGUGCAUCAGCACUGCUUUAUACAUCGCGACGUGAAGCCGGAUAACUUUCUGAUGGGCAUCGGCAGGAAUUGCAACAAAUUGUAUAUGAUUGACUUUGGCUUGGCCAAGCGCUACCAGGAUCCGGAGCGCUGCCAGCAUAUACCGUAUCGCGAGGACCGCAAUCUAACCGGCACGGCACGAUACGCCUCGAUCAAUGCGCAGCGCGGCAUCGAGCAAUCACGUCGCGACGACCUGGAGUCCCUUAGCUAUUGCAUCAUGUACUUCAACUUGGGCAAGCUGCCCUGGCAGGGCAUUGUGGCGCCGAACAAGCAGCAGAAAUACGAGAAAAUAUUGGAGCUGAAGCGCAGCAUGUGCAUCGAUGAGAUCUGCAAGUCGUGGCCCGUCGAGUUCUCCCUGUUCAUGAAAUACGCGCGCAACUUGCGCUUCCAGGACGAGCCAGACUACGUCUAUUUGCGUCAAUUGUUUCGCCUGCUCUUUCGCACCCUAAACCACCAUUUCGAUCAUCUCUACGACUGGAGCCACCUGAACCAGCAGCAAAAGGAGCGCGAGCGCGAGCGUGACCGCGAUCGGGAUCGGGAUCGGGAUCGGGAUCGCAGUCGUCGCGAUUCCCAGCAGCAAGUCGAAUUGGAGUUGAAGCGUCUGCGGCGCACCCGUGUCGAACAGGCGCGCUUGAGCAGUCGCUUGGAGAUCGGCGACGGGCACAAGCACAAGCACCUCGAUGACAAGCAACUGAAGUGAUUCGGCUGCAUCGAAAUCUGAUUAUUGAA